GGGCAGGUAGCGGGCUCGAUCUCCCCAAAUCUCCCCAUAUCUCCCCAUAUCUCCGGGCAGGUAGCGGGCUUGAUCUCCCCAUAUCUCCCCAUAUCUCCCCGUAUCUCCGGGCAGGUGGCGGGCUCGAUCUCCCCAAAUCUCCCCAUAUCUCCCCAUAUCUCCGGGCAGGUAGCGGGCUUGAUCUCCCCAAAUCUCCCCAUAUCUCCCCGUAUCUCCGGGCAGGUGGCGGGCUCGAUCUCCCCAAAUCUCCCCAUAUCUCCCCAUAUCUCCGGGCAGGUAGCGGGCUUGAUCUCCCCAAAUCUCCCCAUAUCUCCCCGUAUCUCCGGGCAGGUGGCGGGCUCGAUCUCCCCAAAUCUCCCCAUAUCUCCCCAUAUCUCCGGGCAGGUAGCGGGCUUGAUCUCCCCAAAUCUCCCCAUAUCUCCCCGUAUCUCCGGGCAGGUGGCGGGCUCG